AUGAAACCUUACUUCGGACUUCGGGGUACAUCCCUGAAUAUCAUGAUCAGUAUCAUCGCUGGUCUUGAUUUCUUGCUCUUCGGUUAUGACCAAGGUGUCAUGGGAGGUCUCUUGACCUUGAAUUCCUUCGUCACUACAUUCCCCCAAAUUGAUACCACAACGGCCGGAGAGAUGGGUCUCUCUGCUGCAGCGAAAAGCACCCGUUCCACCGUUCAAGGUAUCACAACUGCUUCUUACAACCUGGGAUGCUUUUGCGGUGCCAUCUUUUGUAUCUGGAUUGGAAACUACCUUGGACGCCGCAAGACCAUUUUUGUCGGUUCAAUCAUCAUGGUCAUCGGUGCUUCGUUGCAAGCUUGCGCAUACAGCCUUCCACACUUGAUCGUUGGCCGCAUUGUGACCGGUAUCGGUAACGGCAUGAACACUUCCACCGUCCCUACUUGGCAGUCCGAAUGCAGCAAGUCUCACCACCGUGGCCAGCUGGUCAUGCUGGAAGGCUCUCUGAUUGCUGGUGGUAUCACCAUUAGUUACUGGAUGGAUCUCGGAUUCUCUUUCCUCGACCCUAGCUCCAUCGCCUGGCGCUUCCCUAUCGCCUUCCAGAACGUGUUUGCUUUGAUUAUCUUGUUCUGUGUGAUGCCUUUACCCGAGUCCCCCCGCUGGUUGGUUCUCAAGGGCCGUGAGGAAGAGGCAAUAGUGGAUGACCCUUACGUCCACUCUGAAUUUGCCGCCAUCAAGGAUGCCGUCUUGGUUUCUUCCUCUGUCAGCUUCCGCGACCUACUGACCAUGGACGAAGACCGCCACCUCCACCGUACUAUCCUUGCCUACGUCAACCAGAUGUUCCAGCAGAUUUCUGGUAUUAAUCUCAUCACCUACUAUGCCGCCACUAUCUACGAGAAGUCAAUUGGGAUGAGUGGCUUGAUGUCUCGCAUCCUAGCCGCCUGUAACGGAACAGAAUAUUUUCUUGCCUCUUUGCUUCCUAUCUUCAUCAUUGAGAAGGUUGGCCGGCGGUCUUUGAUGUUGGUCGGUGCCGCUGGAAUGUCAAUCUCCAUGGCUGUAUUGGCCAUCGCCACCAGCUUCGAAGGAAAUGCCCAAGCGGGUAUUGCGGCAGCUGUAUUCUUAUUCGUCUUCAACACCUUCUUUGCCUGGGGCUGGUUGGGUAUGACUUGGCUUUACCCUGCUGAAAUUGUUCCUCUGCGCAUUCGUGCCCCCGCCAAUGCCCUGGCCACUUCAAGUAACUGGAUCUUCAACUUCAUGGUUGUUAUGGUUACCCCUGUCGCUUUCGAUUCAAUUGGAUAUAAGACAUAUAUCAUCUUCGCCGUCAUCAACGCUUUCAUCUUCCCAGUCGUUUACUUCUUCUAUCCCGAGACCGCCUAUCGCUCUCUGGAGGAGAUGGAUACCAUUUUCCACAAGACCAACAGCAUCUUCAGCCUGGUAUCUGUUGCGCGAAACGAGCCUCACCGCUACGGCAAGAAAGGCGAGCUUCUCGUCAACUACCAGGACACCGAAGAGCACCUUCGUCGCGCCAGCUAUGUCUCUGAUAAGCCCAAGAAAGCUUCAAUCACUCCUAGCGCAUUGGAGGGUGGCAAGGGUGCUCACGUUGAGAACCAGACCGAUAGAACUUCCUCUGAUAGCAGCUAA